UCGAAUUUUUUAAUCUCUCUCUGUUUUCUUUUUUUUUCUUUUUCACCUCCCCUCGAUCCAAAAAUUGUCACAUCUUCAGGAGAAAUUUUUUUGUUUUCUCCCUACAAUGGCGUCGUCCGAGAAUCUGAAUGAUAAGAUCUCUGUUUUUAAGAAGCUCAAAGCGAAAUCAGACAAUAAGAUUUGUUUUGAUUGCAAUGCGAAGAACCCAACAUGGGCUUCAGUUACUUACGGGAUCUUUCUCUGCAUCGAUUGCUCAGCUGUUCAUCGUAGUCUUGGCGUCCACAUCAGCUUCGUCAGGUCUACAAAUCUAGACUCGUGGAGCCCUGAUCAGUUGAAGAUGAUGGUGUAUGGAGGAAACUGCAGGGCACAAGUCUUUUUCAAGCAGUACGGAUGGAGCCAAGGAGGUAAAACCGAGGCUAAGUAUACUUCCAGACCUGCUGAGUUGUAUAAACAGAUUCUUGCUAAAGAAGUUGCUAAAAGCAAGGCCGAGGAGGGUUUGGAUCUGCCUCCAUCUCCUACUGAUUCAGCACAAGUGCCUAAUGGGCUUUCCAGCAUUAGAACCGGUGAAACUCCUAAAGAGAGUAGUACUAUAACGCAGCAAGAUAAUCCUGAAGUUGUUCCCGUCUCACCAAGAGUUUCUCGCAGCGUUAAGAAACCUCUUGGUGCCAAGAGGACAGGCAAAACUGGAGGACUUGGUGCCCGGAAGCUAACUACCAAGUCUAGCGAGACUCUCUAUGAUCAAAAACCAGAGGAAUCUGUUGUCAUACCAACAGUGACUUCCCCAGUUUCAGCCAAAUCAGCUAGGUCAUCGUUUGCUUCUCGCUUUGAUUAUGUGGACAACGUUCAAAACAGAGAAGACUACAUGAGCCCUCAAGUGGUUAGUCAUGUAGCUCCACCAAAAUCAACAGGCUUCUUCGAGGAGGAGUUGGAGAUGAACGGAGCCGGCUUUCAGAAGAAACCCAUCAGAAGUUCCUCAAAAGUGCAAAUUCAAGAAACAGAUGAGGCCAGGAAGAAAUUCUCAAACGCCAAAUCAAUCUCAUCUGCUCAGUACUUUGGAAAUGACAACAACUCGGCUGACCUUGAGGCCAAAAGUACAUUAAAGAAGUUCUCAGGUUCAUCAGCAAUCUCUAGUGCUGAUCUUUUUGGUGACGAUGAUGGAGAUUUCCCUCUAGAUCUCACCGCCGGUGAUCUUCUCAACCGCCUCUCUCUCCAGGCCCAACAAGACAUAUCAUCAUUGAAGAACAUGGCAGAGGAGACAAAAAAGAAGCUCGGCAGCCUAUGGGUCUGAAAGAUCAAUCUAUUCAUUUUUUUUCUUAUACACUAAUUUCCAUUUCCAAAUCAAUUAUUCUAUUCAUUAUACUAGGGAAACAAUGUUUUUGUUUAUCAAUAUUCUGUAUAAUUGAGAUUAUGUUUUGUAAAAAUUGUCAUCAAAAUAAAAAUAUGUGGAGUGCUUUUCGACGUU